CUUCUUCUCCAUGUUCGGUCCAACUAUCAGGGCCUUGACACGCCCUUAAAACUUCUUUGGAUACUCUGAGUACCUAUUGGCCCUGGUAUUGCACUUCCUGCCGGUCAUUGUUUUAGAGCGGUUCAUUUCUCCGCGGAUUCGAUCAUCCUCCUACCAAAUAUUGAUACCCCGAGACUAUACACAUUUCACAAUGCCUGCGGACUACCAGUCCACCGCCAGGGCGUUGUCUCUCUCACCCUCUUCUCCGGAUCCCAUACCUUCUUCUCCUGGCAGUGAUGCUCACCCGCCCUGGAGUCGCGCCGGCAGGCGAAGCUCCGGCAGGUCGAGCGGGCAGGGUACAAGCUAUCGCGAACAGAUAAUCCAGCGCGGCACGGAGUUAUAUGUCCGUAUGAAUAAGAUCUGGGAGGGGAUGACUCUAUGGAAGAAAAUUGGGACUUUUUUCGCUGCCUUAUUCUUGGGCGCAUCCGGUAUCGCGUUUAUGGUGUUAACUGGGAAGUUGUUCAUCUGGCUUGGCCCGGUCGCUGAGAAGUGGGAAACAUCCUGGCUAGCCGCCUUCAUCCUGUGGCUGUGUGUCUUUUUUGUCUCAUUCCCACCUCUUGUGGGUUGGUCCACAUUUGGGACUGUGGCUGGUUUUAUAUUUGGUGUAUGGAAAGGAUGGCUGAUCUACGCUUCCGCAACAAUUCUUGGGUCGACUGUCUCGUUUUAUGUUUCGCGGACAAUUCUGUCUGGAUUCGUCAAACGCCUUAUGGAACAUGACAAGAGGUUCGCUGCAUUGGCCCUGACAUUGAAGUAUGAUGGCCUCAAGCUUCUUUGUAUGAUCCGUUUAUGCCCGCUGCCCUACUCAAUCUGCAACGGAGCUGUGUCCACAUUUCCAACGGUGCAGCCGUUGAUGUACGGACUCGCAACGGCCAUCAUCUCUCCCAAAUUGUUGGUUCCUGCGUUCAUUGGUAGUCGGAUUCGUCUGCUCUCCGAGAAGGGCGAGGAAAUGAGUGCGGGAUCCAAAGCCGUGAAUAUCUGCAGUAUUAUCCUUACAGUCGGUGUUGGAAUCUUUACCGGGUGGUAUAUAUACCAAAGAACUUUGGCCCGCGCAAAAGAGCUCGAAGCCCAAGAGCGUGCAGAUAUCCGAGGUUCUCUCCAAGCUGAUCAUGCAGCGCGCCGCCCUCACCGUGGGUUUUCGGAAGAUCCUGAUGUGAACAAAGCCUCUACUACGCUUGCAAGAGACGAAGAAGAGCGAAUUGGAUUCACUGAUCUGGAUGAUGACAAUGUUGACCUUGUUUUGGGUGACGACAGUGACAGUGACCAACCGCGUCCUUGGAAAAACUCGAACAGGACAUCAUAUCAUGAUGAGUUCACCGAUAAUGACUCGGAUGGGUUCGCAGGGGAGGAUGAGGCAUAUGGUCUGCACACUCAUGUUCAAAACUAGCCUAAAUAAAUAAAGUAGAUCCUG